CUUCAAGAUGGUGGUCAUUGUAUUGUUAUGUGUCUGCUUGUCCACUUAAUAACGAAACUAGUAAACUAUUUAAUAUUUAAGCGAUAACAUCUGUUGAUUUAUUUUUAGUUUAGUUAAUAAAACCUUUUGGCUACCAGGGCAUUUCUCUAUACCAGUUAUAUAUUGUUAUGUUUGUUAGAUACGAGUCGCAUUUUAAAUAUGUCGGUACUCUGCUGGACAGAUGUCUAUACAUCAAAACAGAGCACUAGUUGUUGACGACUUUUAUGAAACAGUCUGGGAUGUUUAAGAACGUUUUCUUCUUUGAGGGAUCGAAAUGUCACUCAGGGAGUUGAAAGUGUGCUUGCUUGGGGACACUGGGGUUGGAAAGUCAAGUAUUGUAUGCAGAUUUGUGGAGGACAGCUUUGAUCCCAACAUUAUACCUACAAUUGGUGCAUCAUUUAUGACGAAGACAGUGCAGUACCAAAAUGAGCUUCAUAAGUUUCUUAUUUGGGACACAGCAGGACAAGAAAGGUUUCGUGCCCUUGCCCCUAUGUACUACAGAGGUUCAGCUGCAGCUAUCAUUGUUUAUGACAUUACGAAGGAGGAGUCCUUUCUAACUUUGAAGAACUGGGUAAAGGAGCUUCGUCAGCAUGGACCACCCAACAUAGUGGUGGCCAUUGCUGGCAACAAAUGUGAUCUCUCUGAUGCCAGAGAGGUACAAGAGAAGGAUGCCAAGGACUAUGCUGACUCUAUCCAUGCUAUUUUUGUUGAAACUAGUGCCAAAAAUGCUAUUAACAUCAAUGAAAUAUUCACUGAGAUAAGUCAGAAGAUUCCACAUUUAAACACAAGUGACUCAGGUGUGAGGGGCUUGAAACUGCGACGUGAACAAACAGACUUAACCAGGGAACGCACUUGCUGUUAAUGCACAAUUAUGCUAAAAUAAUUUUUACCUUCUUUCACGUCUUCAUUACUAAGAAACAAAAUGGACAGAAACAGAAAAUUCAUUCUAUUGCUGUCCAGAUUCUUUGUUACAGCAGAAACUGCAACACUUUUGACUCUCUGUCCAUGGCUAAUUAAAGUAGAGUUGACUUUGUUGUACUAGCUCUGGUCUCUCAGACCUUAAGUCAAUUCCUACUUUUUUGUAAAUCUCAAAACAUUUAAAAGGAAAAAGAAAAUGCACUGGUUUAUUCCUGUUGAGAAAUCAAAAUGUUGAGAAAUCAAAAGGUUUUCUGUUCCACCAAAACUUAUAAACCAUUAUGUAGAUUCUCACUUGGUUUUACUUUUUUUUUUUUUAAGUUAUUGUGUUAUUUCCAAAACAGAGGGCAGCUUUCUGGCCGAAUGAUGUAAAAUAACAAAUCAAAUUGUACAAAUUAUUUUGCCUACUUUAAGACUUUUGGGCAACAUUUAUAUGAAGGACUAUUUCUAAUGACUUACACAGUGAAGACACUCUGGUUCAUACAGUUCCAAAUUGGUUUCAUAUGUAUCACAAGCAGAAUCAGUAUUGAUCUUUUUUAGUGAUAGUGUUAUAGUCUUGAAUUGAUUAAUUUCGUCAUUUAAGUCACACAUUCCAAAUCCUGUAAAAAUACUUUUAGUAUUUUCUGUACUUCCAACACACCAGACUCAGAUUUUUAAUUUUUUGGACACAUUUGUCACACUUUAAUGUUUCAGAUCAUCAAACAAAUUUAAAUAUUAGUCAACGAUAACACAAGCAAACACAACAUGCAGUUUUUAAAUGAAGGUUUUUAUUAUUAAGGGAAAACAAAAUCCAAAACCACAUGGCCCUGUGUGAAAAGUGUCUCAUCCAAGAUGUCACAAAAGACCCCACAACAUCCAAAGAACUGCAGGCCUCACUUGCCUCAGUUAAGGUAAGUGUUUAUGACUCUACCAUAAGAAAGAGACUGGGUAAAAAUGGCCUGCAUGGCAGAGUUCCAAGACGAAAGCCGCUGCUGAGCAAAAAGAACAUAAAGGCUUGUCUCAGUUUUGCCAGAAAACAUCUUGAUGAUCCCCAAGAAUUUUGGGGAAAAUACUCUGGAGUUCUUUCAGGAAAAAGAACAUCAUACCAACAGUAAAAUAUGGUGGUUGUAGUGUGAUGGUCUGGAGCUGUUUUUUGCUGCUUCAGGACUUGGAAGACUUGCUCUGAUAAAUGGAACCAUGAAUUCUGUUGUCUACCAAAAAAUCCUGAAGGACAAUGUGCGGUCAUCUGUUCAUGACCUCAAACUGAAGCGAACUUGGGUUCUGCAGCUGGACAAUGAUCCAAAACACACCAGCAAGUCCACCUCUGAAUGGCUGAAGAAAAACAAAAUGAAGACUUUGGAGUGGCCUAGUCAAAGUCCAGACCUGAAUCCUAUUGAGAUGCUGUGGCAUGAAUAAAAAGGCGGUUCAUGCUUGAAAACCCUCCAGUGUGGCUGAAUUACAACAAUUCUGCAAAGAUGAGUGGACCAAAAUUCCUCCACAGCACGCACUUUUUCACACAGGGCCAUGUAGGUUUGGAUUUUGUUUUCCCUUAAUAAUAAAAACCAUUUAAAAACUGCAUGUUGUGUUAUCUUUGACUAACAUUUAAAUUUGUUCUGAAACAUUCAAAUGUGACAAACGUGCAAAAAAAUAAAAAUAAAAAAUCAGCAAUGGGGAAACACUUAUUCACACCACUGUAUUUAUAAUCCCAUUGCAAGUUGAAGUGUUUCUAAUUACUCACUUUCUAAUUAUUAACUAAUUACAACUGCUGCAAGAAAACAACACUUGCAGCAGUAGUCAUUACAGUGAUAUAUCAUGUAGUUUCUAAAACACAUUUGGAAAACUAUUUUUUUUUCCUAUGUUGAAUAUGACACAUGUAGGUAUGAAUUGCUAGAAAUCAACGAUUCCACAGUAGUAGUUAUAUGAUUUAAAGGCUAGCAGCAGAUUUAUCUGUUGUAUAAUCUACAGUGUCAGUGUGCACAAACAGGUACAUUUAAACAGCACAUUUUUUUCAUUGAGCAUAUUGUCCAUUUAAUCGAAUGUUCAUUUAAAGAGACAUGCAUUAUUGAAUAAAAGAAUGUGUAGACAA